GGCGCCAAGAUGGCGAUGGAGAUGCGGCUGCCGGUUGCUCGCAAGCCCGUCGGCGAGACCCUGGGCCGCGACACCAAGAAGCACCUGGUGGUGCCGGGGGACACGAUCACCACGGACACCGGCUUCAUGCGGGGCCACGGGACCUACAUGGGGGAGGAGAAGCUCAUCGCAUCUGUGGCCGGCUCCGUGGAGAGAGUGAACAAGCUCAUCUGUGUGAAGGCUCUGAAAACCAGGUACAACGGUGAGGUAGGGGACAUCGUGGUCGGGCGGAUCACCGAGGUUCAGCAGAAGAGGUGGAAGGUGGAGACCAACUCCAGACUGGACUCGGUCCUGCUCCUGUCGUCCAUGAACCUUCCUGGAGGGGAGCUGAGGCGGCGAUCAGCGGAGGACGAGCUGGCCAUGAGAGGCUUCCUGCAGGAAGGGGACCUCAUCAGCGCCGAGGUCCAGGCCGUGUUCUCUGAUGGCGCCGUUUCCCUCCACACUCGGAGUCUGAAAUACGGAAAACUGGGUCAGGGCGUCUUGGUCCAGGUGUCCCCCUCCCUGGUGAAGAGGCAGAAGACCCACUUCCACGAUCUGCCGUGCGGGGCGUCUGUCAUCCUGGGCAACAACGGCUUCAUCUGGAUCUACCCAACGCCUGAGCACAAGGAUGACGAAGCAGGGGGCUUCGUGGCCAACCUGGAGCCCGUCUCACUCGCCGACCGGGAGGUGAUCUCGCGGCUCCGGAACUGCAUCGUGGCACUGGUGACGCAGAGGAUGAUGCUCUAUGACACCAGCAUCCUGUACUGCUUCGAGGCAUCCUUGCCGCAUCAGAUCAAAGACAUCCUCAAGCCAGAGGUGGUGGAGGAGAUCGUGAUGGAGACGCGCCAGCGGCUUCUGGAGCAGGAGGGCUAGGGGCAUGGCGCCAACACCCGUGCCCGGCCUGGAGCAGCUCAGAGGAAGCUUUGGGUGUGCCCAGGCGCAGCUCCAUGGAGCCCGGCACCCACCACCUGCCUGCAGACUGCUCUCCUGCCCGGGGAGGGGAGCCGCUCAGGGCCCAGCGCCCAGCCGAGGGUGCCGGCAGCACUCCUGGCCGCAUGGACUCCUGUCCCGAAGCCCUCCAGGGAGCCUGGUCUUCUUUGGUCACGACUCCACCACCGCAGGACGCCCCGGGAAAUCUCACCGUGGCCUUCCUGACCCUCGGCUCUCUGGCCUCAUCCUGCACCGGGGUGUUGCUGAGGAAAAUGGGGAGAGUCGGCCCGACAGCUCGUGGAGGAAUAAAGUUCCCGAGCAAUCGUGUGAAAGUCGCGUUGUCGGUGAUAGGAGUUUCCGGGGCUCUGACUGAAGUGAAUGUCAGAGCUAGACGGCAAGAGAAAAGCUGGUUUCUUCUGUGCCGAUCACCUUGAAAUAAUUCAAGCGCUAAGAAGACGGGCCGAAGCAAGAGCACAGCGGGUAGGUGGUCGCCUUGUACGCAGCUGACCUGGGUUUGAUCCCCAGCACCUUGUAGGACCCCCGGGCACCACCAGGAGUGACCCCUGGGCAUGGCUGGUUCCCCCACCCUCC